UGUAGGUGAGUGCUCGUCUCCGCUGGCAGAGCGGGGAAAGUGAUCGUGGCAGCAGAGCGGAGAUGUAGCCGGGGACUCCUGUCACCUCACUCCUCCAAACCGGGAACAACCUCCCUCUCUCCGGCGCCAAAUGGGGAAGACUGGAUGUACUUUUUCCGCCAAGUCACCCUGCGUGGACGUGCAUCGCAAUGCGCCCCGGCACAGCUGACUCCGGCGGGCUGUUGUAGUUAGUUGGAGCGGCUAGUGCUAGCGCGGAGCUAACGGCGGCGCUACCGCUCUCCUCCGCCGCAGAGAUGCUUCGCUGGAUCCGGCAGCAGCUGGGAUUUGACCCCCCACAUCAGAGUGACACCAGGACAGUUUAUGUAGCAAACCGCUUCCCCCAGCAUGGCCACUACAUACCGCAACGCUUCGCUGACAACAGAAUCAUCUCAUCGAAGUACACAAUUUGGAAUUUUGUCCCCAAGAAUCUAUUUGAGCAAUUCAGGAGGAUAGCAAACUUCUAUUUUCUCAUUAUCUUCCUUGUACAGUUGAUGAUAGACACCCCAACUUCCCCAGUCACCAGUGGGCUGCCUCUGUUUUUUGUCAUCACAGUUACUGCUAUAAAACAGGGCUAUGAAGACUGGCUGAGACACAAGGCGGAUAAUGAAGUCAAUGGGGCUCCAGUGUUUGUGGUUCGCAGUGGCAGUCUCGUCCAGACAAGAUCCAAAAACAUCAGAGUGGGGGACAUCGUUCGUGUGGCCAAAGAUGAGACAUUCCCAGCUGACCUGGCGUUGCUAUCGUCAGAUCGUGCAGAUGGUACUUGCCACAUCACCACAGCCAGUCUUGACGGAGAGACAAACCUUAAGACUCACUUCUCUGUGCCAGAGACGUCGGUUUGUCAGUCGGUGUCCCAGCUGGAGGCUUUGCAAGCUGUAGUAGAGUGUCAACAGCCAGAGGCUGACCUGUACAGAUUUGUAGGGCGUGUCACUAUAACGCAGCACGGGGAGGAGAUAGUCAGACCACUGGGUCCAGAGAACUUGCUGCUGAGAGGAGCCAGGUUGAAAAAUACCAAAGAGAUUUUCGGUGUUGCAGUUUACACAGGGAUGGAAUCCAAAAUGGCCCUGAACUAUAAAUGCAAGUCCCAGAAACGCUCUGCAGUAGAGAAGUCAAUGAAUACCUUCUUAAUCAUCUACCUGGUCAUCCUGCUGUUUGAGGCGGUACUCAGCACUAUUCUGAAGUAUGCCUGGCAGGCGGAGGACAAAUGGGACGAGCCUUUCUACAACCAAAAGACUGAACAAGAGCGCAACAGCAGUCCGAUCUUAAAGUUUAUAUCGGACUUCUUGGCAUUUUUGGUCCUCUACAACUUCAUCAUCCCCAUAUCGCUCUACGUUACCGUGGAGAUGCAGAAGUUCCUGGGCUCCUUUUUCAUCGGCUGGGAUUUAGAUCUGUACCACGAGGAAAGUGACCAGAAAGCUCAGGUCAACACAUCUGACUUAAACGAAGAGUUGGGUCAGGUAGAGUAUGUUUUCACUGACAAGACGGGCACCCUAACGGAAAAUGAAAUGCAGUUCCGCGAGUGUUCAAUAAACGGAACCAAAUACCGGGAAGUUAACGGCAAACUUGUACCAGAGGGAAUGAUGGAUGAUUCACCAGAUGUUUCUACGGCUCACCUGAUGGGUGAGGAAUUGUUAUUUCUCAAGGCAGUGUCACUGUGUCACACUGUUCAGAUCAGCUACGACGCGCCCGACUGCCUGGUUGUGGGAGGAGAUCCGUUCUCCCAUGCCAAUGGUUUCUCAUCCAGUCACAUGGAAUACUACGCUUCCUCACCAGACGAGAAGGCUUUAGUCGAGGCAGCAAAGAGGAUUGGGGUGGCCUUUACUGGUAGCUGCGGAGAUGUCAUGGAAAUCAAAACAUUUGGAAAAUUUGAAAAGUAUAAACUGCUCCAUGUAUUAGAGUUUGAUGCUGACCGCAGGAGGAUGAGCGUCAUACUAGACACCCCCUCAGGAGGAAAAGUGCUGUUCACCAAGGGUGCUGAGUCGUCCAUCUUGCCCUUCACCAGCAGUGGUGAGAUUGAAAAGACAAGAUUGCACGUUGAUGAGUUUGCCCUGAAAGGGUUACGGACACUGGUGGUAGCAUGUCGCCACUUCAGUCCAGAGGAGUAUGCUGAUGUGGACAAGCGGCUGACCGCUGCUCGCACGGCGCUGCAGCAGAGGGAGGAGAAGCUACAGGAAACCUUCACCUACAUCGAGAGAGACCUGCAUCUCCUGGGAGCAACUGGAGUCGAGGACAAACUUCAAGACAAAGUCCAGGAGACGAUUGAAGCUCUGCGUCUGGCAGGAAUCAAAGUGUGGGUGUUGACGGGUGACAAGCAUGAGACGGCGGUCAGUGUCAGCUUGUCCUGUGGGCACUUCCACAGAACCAUGAACAUCCUGGAGCUUCUGCAGCAGCGCUCGGAUAACGAGUGUGCCGAGCAGCUACGCAGGCUUGCCAGAAGGAUAAAGGAGGAUCACGUCAUUCAGCAUGGCUUGGUUGUGGAUGGGGCCAGUCUGUCUUUGGCAUUGAGGGAACAUGAGAAGCUCUUCAUGGAAGUGUGUAAAAACUGCUCAGCUGUGCUGUGCUGCCGCAUGGCCCCACUGCAGAAAGCUAAGGUGGUGCGUCUUUUUAAGACCUCCCCAGAAAAACCCAUCACUUUAGCUAUUGGGGAUGGAGCCAAUGAUGUCAGUAUGAUACAGGAAGCCCAUGUGGGCAUAGGUAUCAUGGGGAAGGAGGGUCGUCAGGCCGUGAGAAACAGUGACUAUGCAAUUGCCAGGUUUAGGUUCCUGUCUAAACUUCUGCUGGUCCACGGUCACUUCUACUACAUUCGAAUAGCUACCCUUGUACAGUACUUUUUCUAUAAGAAUGUGUGUUUUAUCACACCCCAGUUUUUAUACCAGUUCUUCUGUCUGUUUUCACAACAAACUCUGUAUGACAGUGUUUACCUGACCCUGUACAACAUCUGCUUCACCUCGCUGCCCAUCCUGGUGUACAGUCUGUUUGAACAGCUGGUCCAUCCGCAUGUACUGCAGAGUAAACCGGGCCUGUACAGAGACAUCAGCAAGAACUCUCUGCUGUCUUUCCGGACGUUCUUGUACUGGACUCUGUUGGGCUUCUGUCAUGCCUUUAUCUUCUUCUUUGGAUGCUAUAUAUUGAUGGGAGAAGACACAACACUUAUGGGCAAUGGACAGAUCUUGCGAGCUAACAGGCAGCUGAUGUUCGGGAACUGGACGUUUGGAACGCUCGUCUUUACAGUUAUGGUCAUCACUGUCACAUUAAAGCUUGCAUUAGAGACUCAUUUUUGGACGUGGAUGAACCAUUUUGUGACGUGGGGCUCAAUCGCCUUCUAUUUCAUCUUCUCUCUCUUCUAUGGUGGGAUUAUCUGGCCAUUUCUGCACACCCAGGACAUGUACUUCGUCUUCGUGCAGCUUUUGUCCAGCGGUUCAGCGUGGUUCGCCAUCAUCAUUAUCGUCAUCACAUGCCUCUUUCCUGAUGUGAUAAAGAAAGUCUUAUACAGACAUCUGCAGCCCACCAGCACGCAGAAGAGUCAGUCUCUUUCAGCCCCCCCGGCGCAGGCCCUCAGCUGUGUGGAGUCCCUGUGCUGCUACCAACAUGGGCAAAGCGGCUGUUCCCGCCUGGCCGUCUUCCUGGAGCAAAUGACCGGGCAGUGCAAGGCCAACACCAACAACUGUCACGCAUCCAGCUGCAGCAACAGGUCUUGGGGCGACACAGAGAAUUUCUACUCCAACGACCGCAGCAUCCUGACUCUGUCGCCCGUGGAGGCGUCCCACUGCUGACUCCCAGGGCGACGGCCGCAGCACACGCAGCUGGGAGGCAGCGCGGCUGCUGAACCUACUUUAGUCUAAACUGGGUGCACUUUCCCCUGGAUGCAGUGACAAAUUGCAGAAUUGGAGCUGAAGGACUCAACUUUAUCUUUAUCAUCCAUCACCUUUUUUUUGGUCAAUAAAUGAAUCAAUCCAUUUUUAGGAAGACGGAGAAGAAGCUGCAACAUCAUCGGCCGGGCUCAACUCCUCCGCAGCUGAAACUUAAAGAAGAGCAAGAAGAGAACAUGUUUGAAACAUCUCGGAAGGGCAAAUAUUAUCUAUGACCUCUCAAGGAGCUAAUUAUUCAUUUUCAUUCUUCAAAACAAAGACAAGUUUGAAGAAAAGAGAAGGAAUUUCAUACUUUCUUUUUCUUUCAACAAAUGUUUAUAAUCAUCAGUCCUGCUUAAAAGCAUGGGACUAUAAAUCCCUCAAGCUGACCAAUCUCACUGUAGGACUGAGAUGGUUUGAGAGAAGCAUCAAACCAGGAUCGUUCAUGUAGCACCAGAAGCUCGGAGAAGUCACAUCUCAGAAGGUUAAAACUCUGCACCGUGGUAACUUCCAUGAACUUCCAGUGCAGGAGUUUCCAAAGCCGAUGCUCCACUGCUGCACCUUUGUUUCUCAUUCAGACUGAAAGGGAAUAAAACUGGACCCCCCCUCGCUGUCCUGUAGCAUCUAGAAGUUCUGCUGCGAUACUCUGUCUGAGCUACACCUGGAGCUUCAUCUCUACUUGCGGUACCAAAGACCAAAGGAUUCUGACUGGAGUUUGAAAGAAAAAGUGUUUAUUUUUGUGCCUGAUUUGUACAGAAGCUUAUAUUAUUAUAUUAUUAGAAGACGUUUAUUUGUUCAUGCUGCUUUCUUGUGUAACGGUUCGAGCCUCAGUCUCUCCCGUGUGUCACCCCGAAAGGGGGCGGAUGUUUAAAAAGCCAUACAUUUUGGAGGAGUUACAUUAUUGAUAGAUUAGUGGGAUUACUGUGGAUAGAAGCCGUUUGAGCCUGAUGUUAGUUUGUAUUUGUUCCCCUUGAAUGCCUUUUCAUCAGCCAGACGGCCAAAAGCGUCUCAGCAUUGCAGACCAUGAUGACCAGAGAUUAUUCUGAGGCUGAACGGUUUCGUGGCAUCUUUAGAAAAAGAAUUAGAAGUAUAAACAUCCAUCUAAUUUUUUUUAGAAAAGGUUUUCAGAACAUCUGAACACUUGUGUUUAGUUUCAGUGGGAUAAGAAUUGGUUUUAAUGGUGAGAAGCUUUUUGAAAUAAUGGCUGAUGUAAAUUAACCCAGACGGCAGAAUGUUUUGAAUCCAGGUUCAGAAGAUUAAUAAAUCUAUAUCUAUCUAUAUAUAUAUUCUAUAUAUUUAACUUACAGCAGAAGGAAAGCAGAGCGUUUACAAAAGAUGCAUAUCAAAAUCAAUUUUCCUGGUUUCUUUGCUUAAAACAAAAAAAGAAUCAUCGCCACCUUUCAUCAUCUCACUCAUUUAAAUCAUGUUUUCCUGUUACAUUUCUUUUUUUUUUUCUCCAUGUGUGUUUCUGCUGGUUGUGUGUGUGUGUUGGGGUUUUUGUUUCUCGGUGUUGAAGGAGGUGUGCAGAAGUGCAGUCUUGAAUCCCAUCAAUCAACCGUUUUAUACUUGACGGCGACAGCAAUGUUUCUGUUGAACGGUUCGAGAUGUUCCUCGGCAGCUCAAAACUGAGUCACUCACACUUUUAUCAGUCAGCUUAUUGAUUAUUAUGAACAUUUAUCUUCUCAAUGGGGUCACGGUGGGGUUUUCUGCUGAUGGUAGAACGUGUAUUUAUUUGGCUGUUCUUUGUUUUAUCGGUGUAUCUGUAAACACAAUGUUACUUUGUUUCCACAUAUUUAAAAGAGCAAAAGAAUGUUUCCAGUUAGAAAACCAUUCCAACAGGAAAUAAAACUCUGCACAGAAGUGAAUCUGGACCGGUUGACCUCAUAUCUGCUGCUUCACGUCUGCUUUGCACCUGCGGAGAAAAAUACGAGUUUAUGUUGUUCAUCGGACAUUUAUCUGUGAAAACGGUUGUGUGAACUUUGCUAAGAUAACACAGAUGUGGACUCGAGAUGUGAAAGAAAACUUUCGGCCUGGACCGGAGAGGAAAGUGCCUGAAAGUGCUGGUUGAGCUGCAUUAUGGGUAAUGUAGGAGCCAGCCUUUCUGAACCAGGAGCUGCAUAAAAGUGGAUGCAGCCGCUUGAAACUUGAUCAAAAUGGAAAUGUUCCUUUUCAAUUCGGGAAAAACUGGCAGUUGAUCCUGAAAAGACGAAGAAAUCUGAACUUUAAAACGCAUAACAAGUUUAAAGUACUGGAAUUAACACAACAGCCUCUUUGGUCAGACCCUCCGGUGGGUUCACAACUUUCUUACUUUACAAUAACAAAACAAUAUGCGCAUGUGUGUAAAGUAUGCACGAUGAAAGGUCACUGUGAUAAGAACCUCUGUCUAUACUUACAUGAGCAAAUACUUGGAACUAUAUAUUAUUAAUAUAUAAUACAUUUCAGCAUCAGUUUUGACUAUUGAAUCAUUGUUCAGAAAGAUGAGAAGCAGUGUAUUUAAUCUGAACGGUAAAACAUAUAUAUAUUCCCAGACUUGCAGCCUGUGUUUGGGAGGAUUGUGUGUUGUCAGUGCCGUGCCGCUGCUGAGUAAUCGGAAUAUUUAUUAACGCGGAUGCACCCAUGGGUGCUCCCUGGCCCGGGGCACAGCAACACCUGCAUGUCGGUGCAGAUCUGACGCCCCCUGGCGCCCAACGACGGUACUGCCGCUGAUAUUCUUGGAGCAAAACAAAUUAUUCCUUCACUUUGGACCUAGUUAAACACAAAGCUGGAAAUGCCUUAUCUGGUUAUUGAUUCUAAGCUUCUGUUUUUGAUUUAAAAUGGUAUGGAAGCCCAUUUCCGCCUGUAAAAG